GCAACGGAGCCCGCAAAACGCUCGCCAUCUCGUCCAAUCCAAGGAGCUGAGUGCAAAAGUGCGCGGCGCGCGUAAACAUAGGUCACGUGAUAGUGAGAUCGGUGAUCACGUGACUGGGUACGGAGAGGUCAUUAAUUUUUUCGCACGGAGGAACACAGAAAGGGGAAAGAAAUGGCGUUGCAGUUCUCCCGGGCUCUCCGACGACUAGCAACCGUGCCUCUCUACCGCAGCUCGGCUCAGGGAGUCCGUCUCGCUAGCAGUAAACCUGACGAAGAGGAAACCAUCCCUACUGACAUGGAGCAGGCCACUGGUCUGGAGAGGAAGGAACUGGAGGCGCUCAUGCAGGGGAAGGAGGAUCCGUUCAACAUGUCGGUCCAGUCUGGACCGAGAGGAACGCGAGAGCAGCCAACCCUUGUUCCAUCAAUGUAUGAGGAAAGAAUUGUUGGCUGCAUCUGUGAAGAGGAUGCCACAUUCAUAACCUGGCAGGUGGUGAACAAAGGUGCGGCCCACCGCUGUGAGUGUGGCCAGUUUUACCAGCUGGUGGACGCCAACCCUACCAAGAUAGACAACAUCUAGACCACUGGGAGUGCUCUUAUUAGAACCUCUUUAGCCACUUACCUCUGCACACUGUACAGUGUUACGGUGUAUUAUGUUGACAUGUUUAGUCCCAUCUCUGAAAAUACGUGGUUUGUUCCAAAA